CACAAUGGGAAAAUACUUCCACCUGUACGAGAACAUCUCCAAAAUCAGUCCCUUUGAGGGGCCCCAGUAUUACCUGGCCCCUGUCUGGGUCUUUUACCUGCAGGCCGCCUUUAUGGGUUUUGUUUUUUUAGCUGGCACUCCUUUAAACUUCGUUGUUCUCCUGGCGACGAUGAAGUACAAGAAGCUCAGAGUCCCACUCAACUUCAUUCUUGUCAACAUCUCCUUCUGCGGCUUCAUCUUCGUCACCUUCUCCGUCAGUCAGGUGUUCGUAUCCUCCAUGCGAGGUUACUACUUCCUGGGUCACACGCUGUGUGCUCUGGAGUCUGCUGUGGGCUCCGUGGCAGGUCUGGUGACCGCCUGGUCUUUGGCGGUGCUUUCCUUUGAGAGGUACCUGGUCAUUUGUAAACCGUUCGGAGCCUUUAAGUUUGGCUCAAAUCACGCUCUGGCUGCAGUGGCCUUCACCUGGUUCAUGGGCGUCGGCUGCGCCUGCCCACCUUUCUUUGGCUGGAGCAGGUACAUCCCUGAAGGUCUGGGCUGCUCCUGUGGACCCGACUGGUACACUCACAAUGUGGAGUACAACACGAACAGCUACACACACUUCCUCAUGUUGACCUGCUUCAUCAUUCCUCUCACGAUCAUCAUGUUCUGCUACUCCCAGCUGCUGGGUGCUCUGAGAGCGGUUGCAGCCCAGCAGGCUGAGUCAGCCUCCACCCAGAAGGCGGAGAAGGAGGUGUCAAGAAUGAUCAUCGUUAUGGUGGGGUCCUUCGUCACCUGCUAUGGCCCGUACGCCCUGGCAGCUCUUUACUUUGCCUACUCCACAGAAGAAAACAAAGACUAUCGACUUGUCACCAUCCCGGCGUUUUUCUCUAAGAGCGCCUGCGUCUACAACCCGCUCAUCUACGUCUUCAUGAACAAACAGUUUAAUGGCUGUAUCAUGGAGAUGGUGUUUGGAAAGACAAUGGAUGAAUCCUCCGAAGUUUCCACAAAGACUGAAGUGUCCACAGCUUCUUAAUGCUCACACAAAAGUGACACAAAGGACUUUUAAGAGGGCGUGACUGAGCUGAAGAGGACUUUCACAGGUCAGAGUUUGGAGGAAGAAUGUUUCCUGUAUACUCAUCGUUAUGUAAAUACAGUUUAUACGUACACACGAUCAGCUGAUAUCUAUGUUCCUGUAGAACAUACGUGUUUAGAUAAAAGGCAAAAAUAAACAUUAAAAACAGUGAAGUGUCUUUCUUUAGACUUUCUGAAUAAAACGUUCACGAAACCAAA